UUGAGAAUGAAACACUCGAGAGUUCUCUUGAAAGUUGAAACCCUUGGAAAAUCCUUUCAGCCUUUUUACCAAUUACUUAACCCUUGAGCUCUCCUUUGAUUCAUAGUCAAUCCUUUUCUAUGGAGACUCCAACCAAAUGUGAUGAGAUUGUUCGCUAUGCUCUGGGGGAGAAUCGGCGAUACUCUAAUUCAGCCUUAGUUUAUUGAAUUGGUUACUCUUUAGCCUCUAGGGUGAGGGAAAUGAGAUGGCUUUCUUCUUUAGCCUCUAGGGUCUCACCGGCACUCAGAACCCUCCCUCACAAACCCUCGCCUUCAUCAAAAAUCAAACCCAGCAAGCCUCUGCCUUCUGCUCCUCACAAAGGUAAUUACUUUGAGCUUCGAAACAAUCUCAUUUCAGCUAAGAAUACCAAUUUUCGUGUUGCUAAUAAACCAAUCGACCACCUCUACAUUGCUCGAAUUCUUUCUCGCAAGGACUGGUUUUUGUUACUCGACCACGAGUUGAAUGCCAGGAGGAUCGUUUUGAAUCCUCAGGCCGUUGCUAGUGUCUUGCAAAACCAAGAAAACCCAUUGCACCCUUUCAAGUUUUCGAUAUGGGUUUCGAAUAUUGAUCCCUUGUUCUUAAAGAAUCAAUCGGUUCGCAGUGUUUUAGCCAACACUCUUUUCAGGAAAGGCCCAGUUGUGUUGUCUGUUGAAUUGCUAAAAGAUAUUAACAACUCAGGUUUGAAGGUCACUGAAGAUUUGCUUUGCAUAUUAAUUGGUAGUUGGGGGAGGUUGGGUUUGGCAAAGUAUUGUGCUGAGGUUUUUGGGCAAAUUUCGUUUUUGGGUCUUGGUCUUAGCACUAGGUUGUACAAUGCUGUGAUCGAUGCCUUAGUCAAGUCCAAUUCACUUGACUUGGCUUAUUUGAAAUUCCAACAGAUGCCUGCAGAUAAUUGCUAUCCUGAUAGGUUCACUUACAAUAUCCUCAUUCAUGGAGUUUGCAAGAUUGGUAUUGUGGAUGAAGCUCUCCGCUUAGUCAAGCAAAUGGAGGGCUUGGGAUACUUGCCUAAUGUUCGUACUUAUACAAUUCUGGUUGAUGGGUUUUGUAAUUCAAGGAGGGUUGAUGAGGCCUUUGGGGUUAUGAAGAUAAUGAGGGAUAAGAAUGUGACUCCUAAUGAAGCUACUGUCAGAUCAUUGGUUCAUGGGGUGUUUCGUUGCAUGGACCCCAGUAAGGCUUUUGAGUUGUUAUUAAGUUUUGUUGAAAGGGAGUCUCUCUUGUUUAAGGUAGCUUGUGAUACCAUACUGUAUUGCCUUUCAAUUAACCACAUGGCAAGGGAGAUUGCUGUGUUUUUAAAGAAAUCUGGUGCGAAAGGUUAUUUGCCUGACAGUUCAACAUUUAACGUUGCAAUGGUUUGUUUGACAAAGGAAUCAGCUCAUCCUCGGGAUGAUGUACAUGAUAUAUUUGAAAGUUUUAUACAUCGAGGUGGAAAACCAGGAUUUGGUUCUUAUCUUGCAUUAAUUGAAGCUAUGUACAAGUCUGGAAACGUUGAUGAGGGGAAUCAAAUCUUUGAGCAAAUGACCAAGGAUGGACUUGUAUCUAGUGUCUUCUCAUAUAACAUGGUAAUUGAUUGCUUUUGCAAAGCCCAAAUUAUGGACAUGGCAUCAAAGGCUUUUGGAGAUAUGCAGCAGAAAGGUAUUCCUCCUAACCUUGUAACAUUCAAUACACUUCUUACUGGAUAUUGCAAGGCUGGAGAGGUAAGUAAGGCACAUGAACUGUUGAUAAUGCUCCUACAACAUGGUUUCAAACCAGAUAUAUUCACUUUUAGUACAAUAAUUGACGGACUCUGUCGGGUGCACCAGAUUGAUGACGCUUUCGAUUGUUUUGCUGAGAUGGUCAGGUGGGGGAUCACUCCAAAUGUCAUCACAUACAAUAUAUUGUUACGCUCUUUGUGUUUCGUCGGAGAUAUUGCUAGAGGAGUGCGACUAAUGAAAAGUAUGCAGGUAGAUGGAAUAAAACCAGAUACUUACUCUUUCAGUUAUCUUAUUCAAAGUCUUUGUAGGAUGAACAAGGUUGAGAAAGCAGAGGAAUUUUUUCUUGCUAUGUUGAGAUCAGGUUUGAAUCCUGACAAUUAUACAUACAGUGUUUUUAUCAAGGCAUUGUGUGACUUGGGAAGACUUGACGUGGCAAAGGAGAUAUUCCUCUCUAUGGAAGCAUAUGAUUAUUUACCCGAUUCUUCUAUUUGCAAUGUAAUGUUGGAUUCUCUGGUUCAGCAUAACCGUUUUGAAGAGGCCUGUAGAAUAGUAAAAAGUUUUGUCAGGAGGAAAAACUAAAUUCCUAACUUGUUGGAUAUGGUCAACCCAUGAGUCCAUGCUGCUUUGUAUCAACAUUGGUCCUGAAGUCAGGUCCAGCCUUAAUACACAAGACUGAUGAAUAGUUUGUGUAAUGCAUUUUGGAAUCAACUGCAUACUGGAUAUGGUCUUCUUCAGUUCAUGCUGCUUUGUAUCAGCCUUGCCACUGAGGUCAGGUCCUGCCAUGAUAAACAUGGCCGAAUCUUAUAGAAACGAAAAGCAAAACACACAAGGCUGAUUGAUAGUUCUGUAGUGCAUUUUCAGAAUGAACUGCAUUCUGAGUAUGUUGCAAGAGGCUUCAAUUUAUCUCCUGGCUGUUUUUCAGGUUUAGUUACGUUCAAGGAGGUGAUUGGACAAAUAGCGUACAUAGACGGCAUUUCUUCCAGACAAGGCAGUGUGGCUGCUAAGUUUUUCUGCUGAAAUCGGCAAUUUUAUCUGGUCAUGGAGAAUAAUGAAGUUAUGAGAAAAUACAUGUUGCCCUGUUUGGUCCACAUUAUAGAGUAAAUAAUGAAGUAGGAUUUGAAGAGCUUACCACUGGCGGGGGUUUGGACUAGGCAUUUAUGCGGAUUUAAGUCGAAUAUAUUUCAUUGAUAUGUAGAUAUUUCAUUGUGUUCUACUACCUAGGAAUCCAUAAGAUUGCAUGUUUCUAACAGAUUUUGACUUGUAUGACCUUGAUAUUUGGUAUGGCCCCUUUAUAAGGCUGAAUUUGCCGAAAUGGUGGACAGUAAUCGUUCCACAUAUAAAAUCUGUUAAAUUUCUCCUAGUAAAUUAGUGAUGCAGCUCUAAGCAUGACCAUUUCAGCCCAUAUAUCUCUUCACUACCUCUUAAUUUUAGUGGGAUGUAAUUCUUCUAGUUGCUGUACAAGUUAAAUGAAGACCUUCAUUUGGUGUUAAAACUUUUG